GACUCCAGGGAAGCCAGCUUCACUUCCGGGCCGCAGCCUGGGGCGGCUACGCACGUUGCCAUAGCGACCGUUUUACGUUAACUGGUUUGUAGCUUAGAUCCAGGUAUCUGGGCGACCGCGGGGCCAGCUCUUCCGCUCCUCGCUGCUCCCUGUAGCCAGGAGGCCCCAGCAGGCUCCAGCGGCCUGGCCUAGGGAUCCGCGUCGCCCAGAAGGGCGGUAUGUCUGCGGAAAAAGACGACGAGGUGGAAUGGGUGGUGGAGAGCAUCGCGGGGUUCCUCCGAGGCCCGGACUGGUCCAUCCCCAUCUUGGACUUCGUGGAGCAGAAAUGUGAAGUUUUUGAUGAUGAAGAAGAAAGCAAGUUAACCUAUACAGAGAUUCAUCAGGAAUACAAAGAACUAGUUGAAAAACUGUUGGAAAGUUACCUUAAAGACAUCGGAAUUAAUGAAGAUCAAUUUCAAGAAGCAUGCACUUCUCCACUUGCAAAGACCCAUACAUCACAGGCCAUUUUGCAACCCGUGUUGGCAGCAGAAGAUUUUACGAUCUUUAAAGCAAUGAUGGUCCAAAAGAACAUUGAAAUGCAGCUGCAGGCUAUUCGGAUAAUUCAAGAGAGAAAUGGUGUAUUACCUGACUGCUUAACAGAUGGCUCUGAUAUGACCAAUGACCUUGAACAGCAAGAGAUGAAAAUCCUGAGGGAAGUUCUUAGAAAAUCAAAAGAGGAAUAUGAUCGGGAGGAAGAAAGGAAGAGAACAAAACAGUUAUCAGAGGAUAAAACAGAAGAGCCCCCAGAGCAUACUAGUGAAGCUGUGAAGAUGAGUCAUUCCCAAGGAAGUGGUGAACAUUUUGGGCAUUCAACCUCAGAUUUAUUUUAUUUACUUGAAAGAGUUAUAGAGAGAGGCAGAGACAGAGAGAGAGAUCUUCCGACUGCUGGUUCACUCUCCAGAUGGCCGCAACGGUGGGAGCUGAGCCGAUCUGAAGCCAGGAGCCAGGAGCCAGGCGCUUCCUCCUGGUUUCCCACGUGGGCGCAGGGCCCAGGGACUUGGGCCAUCUUCCACUGCUAUCCCAGGCCAUAGCAGAGAGCUGGUUGGGAAGAGGAGCAGCCAGGACUCGAACCGGCGCCCAUAUGGGAUGCAGAUGCUUGAGGCCAGGGCUUUAACCCACUACGUCACAGCGCCAGCCCCGCCCCGUUUGUUUAAAAGACUAGCUUUUCUCCAUUGAGUUACCUUUGUUCCUUUGUCAAAGAUCAGUUGACUAAGUUUGUGUCCAUUUUCAGAUUCUUUUCUCUCCUAUCAGAUUGGUUUGUCCAUUCUUUUGCCAGUAACAUACUGUCUUGAUUAUCAUAAAAUUAGGUAGUAUCAAUUCUCCACUUUGUUCUUCAGUAUUUAUUGGGCUAUUCUGGUUCUUUUGCUUUCUCAUAUACAUUUUUAGGAUAAGUUUCUCAAUAUCCACAAAAUAACUUGCUGAGAUUUUCAUGGCAUUAUAUUGAACCUAUACUUACAUAUUCACACUGUUGGGUCUUCCCAUUUACGAACAUGGAAUAUCUCCAUUUAUGUGGUUCUUUGAGUUCUUUAAUCAGAAUCUUAAAUUUUUUUUUAUGUGAAUCUUGUGUGUAUUUUACUAGAUUGUAUGCUUCAAGUGUUUCACUUUUUGGGUGCCAAUAUACGUGGUAUUGUGUUUUAAUUUCAAAUUUAAUUUACUUACUACUGGUGUAAAGGAAAGUUAUUUUUGAUUACCCUGUACUCUUGCUAUAAUUGCUUAUUCCAGGUUUUUUUUUUUUUUUUUGGGUCAAUGCAUGUUAUCUGUGAAUAAAGAUAGUUUUACAUCUUUCUUCCUUAUCAAUGUACCUCAUUUCCUUUUUGUUAUCUUUUUGUAUUAUGGAGGAUUUGCAGUACAGUGUUGAAUUAGAAUGUUGAGAAGGGGAUAUUCUUAUCUUCUUCCUGAUCUUAGGGGAAAAAAUUU